AUGCCUCCUGCCAACGCUGCCACCAUCGCCCUGUGGUACCGCCUGUUCUUUCUCUACAUUGAACCUGUUGCUACAGCUGUCGGUGCCUACUACGCUUGGUUUCAGCAACAUGACUACCUCGACAUGACCUACACCUCGGCUUCGGCCGUUUCUCUCGGUCCAUCCGCCCGCGAAAGCAUCGUUCUGAGUCAACUCGCAAAUAUGUACGCUGUAUUUGCACUAAACGAAGCCCUUGUCUUACGCUCUACCACCAACCUUCGUGUCUGGAGAGUGUUUCUCUUCGGCCUUUUGCUUGCCGACUUUGGUCACAUUCACAGCGUCAAGGAUGUAGGAUUCGACGUCUAUUGGCAAUUCUGGGAUUGGAAUCCAAUGUACUGGGGUAAUUUGGGUUUCGUCUACGUGGGAGCUGCUACCAGAAUUGCGUUCCUCACCGGGGUCGGCGUUUGA